GACCCUAUACGGUGCUGCGGUCCUAGCCUCUAGUGAAUUAGCCCACGUAAAAACCAUUAUUUUUUCGAAUUUUUCGAAUCAUUGGUGGAAUUUCUGCAGUAUGGACUGCAAAUGUAAAGUGAUGCAAUAACUAACUGGAUUUCUCAGUGAACAUUAACAGUGAACAAUGAUUGUGAUGAACAGACUAUGUACAUUUAAUCCUAUGAUGGAUCUCAUAAUUCCAGUAUUAUUAUUAUUGAUAUCAUCACCACCCUGCGUGGACACAUUGCAUGCCCCACUCAACAUUACAAGAACUUUCACAGUACAGCCACCUCCAAGUUUUCAAAAACAAGUAAAUUUUGGUGCUAAAAAGUCAAAAGUAUUCAGCUUUUCUGGCAAUGCUAACGCAGGGGUAGCAGCACCUAUCGCACCCCAACCAAAGCCCCUCCCAGGAAAAACAUGGAACGCAAGGAAUUCUUAUCAGAUUCAACCCCAAAGGGUAUUCCCGGCUAUUCAGCCGCGGAAAUCUAAUGCACCACCAUCAUUUCAAAGGAAUAGCCAGCCUAAUCAGUUUAUGCCACAGCCAUUUAACAGAAAUCAAAUGCUACAGGCCGGGAAUUCCGGAUUUCCACCUAAACGACAAUUUCCGGUGACGACUCCAGUUCCUACACCAAGUCCAGAUAUCUUGGGCGGUGCACAAGUGCGGUUCAAUUUCAAACAAGAACAAGCCAGACAAGCUCGACUAGCUCGCAUGCGCACCACUUCACCCAAACCAUCACCACCCGCAAUGAAGAAGAGUAAACCUAAAAAGUUUAAUAAAGUCAAUCGCUUUGGAAAUUCAGCUGUGAAGAAGCAAUAUAAAGAACCAGCACCAAAACCAAAAAAGCAAUACGUCUCUGGUAAUGGCGUUCAGUACACAGAUUUAUCUAAAAUAGCCAGUGACGGAAGUUAUAUGGGAAAUCAGGAUCCAUUAUAUGUUUACUCUACAACUACGACACCACCGCCUACAUAUCCACCCACCCAGCCCCCCUAUCGACAACCUUACAGGAACAAUUAUCAAAACAACUACUACCAAACCACCACAUAUGGAUAUCAGUACUAUCAGACAACCAACAAUUACAAUUACGACCCGUACUACCAGAGUCCGUAUCAGGGGAAUAAUGCACAGUAUCAAGGAAAUAAUCAACAAUAUCAAGGAAACUAUCAGGGUUAUGCAACUACAACUCCAUAUUAUCCAGACCAAGGAUAUCAAAAUCAAGGACAAUAUAACCAAGGUUAUCCGCAAAAUCAAGGAUAUCAGUAUACAACACCGCCAUAUUACCCACCUAACCAAAAAUAUCAAAACAACUAUAGUCCUCCUGAAGGAGGAAGUUAUCAAAAAAAUGUAUAUUCAGGAAAUCAAACAUCCUAUCAGAAUUACAAUUAUAAAGGCCAAAAUACACAAUAUCAACCACCAACCGCUGGAAAAGGUUCAGAUAGCCAAUACAAGCCACCGCCUUUAGGUCAAGGCCAAACUCCUCAAUACCAACCUCCGCCAGCAGGUCAAGGGCCUCCACCUAUGCAAGGUCAACCUCCACCAUAUGUACAGGGCCAAGGGCUCCCGCCAGUUCAAGGACAACCACCCUAUCAAGGACAAGAAUAUCAACCAGCACAACCACAGCAAAGUUAUUCUCCACCAGGAGGUCAAACAGCACAACCACAACAAGGCUAUCCCCCACCAGGAAGUCAAUCAGCACAACCACAGCAAGGUUAUCCUCCACCAGGAAGUCAACCAGCACAACCGCAGCAAGGAUAUCCUCCACCAGGAAGUCAACCAGCACAACCGCAGCAAGGAUAUCCUCCACCAGGAAGUAAACCUGUACAACCACAGAAAGGCUAUCCUCCACCAGGAAGUCAACCAGCACAACCGCAGCAAGGUUAUCCACCACCAGGAAGUAAACCUGUACAACCACAGCAAGGCUAUCCUCCACCAGGAAGUCAACCAGCACAACCGCAGCAAGGUUAUCCUCCACCAGGAAGUCAACCACAACAACCACAGCAAGGAUAUCCUCCACCAGGAAGUCAAUCAGCACAACCGCAGCAAGGUUAUCCUCCACCAGGAAGUCAACCAGCACAACCGCAGCAAGGUUAUCCUCCACAAGGAGGACCUCCUUACAUAGCCAAUCCUGCUUUAAAACAAAAUUACCAAGCUUCCAACACAACAUCCAAUCAACCAUAUCAAUAUCAACCAGGACAGGGAUAUAAUGAUAAUUACAUAGCUCCAUCAAAUGCUGGAUCUCCACCCUCUAAAGAACAGAAAUGGGUGAGAAUUGGCAACUUAAUGACAACAAUAAAACCACCAAAUAAUGAACGAUGGGUACAAGUUGGAUCAAUCAAGCCAACAUGGACAACGCAAUCAACUUUAACCGUAAAACAAAAUAAGAAACAGCAGGAUACCACAACAAAAGCACCAUCAAAUGUUGCAGGAUGGAACAAGACAACGAAGAAAAAUGUUGCUACAGAAGAAAUAACCAAAGUAAGUGAAAAGUCUAAAUCAGAGUCCAAGAUUAAAGUUGAAAGCACAGUAAAAGUUGAGACGGUGAAAUCUGUGGUUCCUGCAACAACAAAGGCUCCUACGAAACCUAAAACUACAACCACUACUAGCACCAGCACAACUACCACUACUACCACUACCACCACUCCCAAGCCGACGACGACGACACGCAAGCCGACAACGACCACACCCAAGCCGACAACGACCACACCCAAGCCGACAACGACCACACCCAAGCCGACAACGACACUUCCCUAA